AUGAAGGUCUUAACUAUUGUAGCAACGACUGUUAUUGCUGGGGUCACUGGAAUCAGAGACCUGCUUGCAGAGAUCAUUGGAAUGGUCAUGACUGGUGGCCAUAUUGGUUUAAUCAGUGGAAUUAUUGGAGUUGCUGCAGAGAUCGUUAAAUAUGAGUGGGAAUAA